UUCCUAAGGCCCCUUUUUUUCACCUUCGCCCGCCGAUGCCGCAGUGUUCUAUGGGAAAGGUAGUUCUAGCGCUCGUUGUCUGGCCCCGCUCAAACUGAACCCAAACUAAACUUCCCAGCAAGCAGCGCACUCGCCUGGGAAAGAGGGGCAAGAUGGCGGAUGCUGAAGAGGGUGCUUUGCGGCCGGCAGGAGCCUCCGCUGCCCCAAUUUCGUUCAGCUUCAGUCGCACAUCUGCCCGGAGACGGCUCGCGGACGACGUGGGUGCGGCUCCAGAGGAGAAGGAUUUCUUAAAGACCGUGGAAGGGAGAGAGCUGCAAAGUGUGAAGCCCUCAGAAACCCCCAAGGAACUCGUCAUCCCUUUGAUCAAGAAUGGCCAUCGCAGGCAGCCACCGACCCAGGCCCCUGGGCCAUCCACAAAUACUGAGGCCUUGGUGGAUGGGGUGCUGUCCCAGGCUGUGAAGGAGCUCAUUGAGGACUCCAAGAAGUCCCUGGAGGAGAGAGAGAAUUCGGGUGUCGACCCCACGCUUGCUAUCCCCAUGAUCCAGAAAGGAUGCAUCCCUAACGGGGAAGGGGCAGACCGCGAACCCCGGGCUGAGACAGUGCCGGAGGAAGCUGAUUACAAGGCAGUCCCCGUAGAGGCCUAUGGGCUGGCCAUGUUACGAGGCAUGGGCUGGAAACCUGGCGAGGGCAUUGGCCGCACCUUCAAUCAAGUGGUGAAGCCCCGUGUCAACUUACUGAGGCCAAAGGGGCUAGGGCUGGGCGCCAACCUGAAUGAGGUCCAGGCCCUGGUCUCCACUGGCCCCCACCACCAACCAAAGCCAGAUGAGGAGCAAGAGAAGGAUAAGGAAGACCAGCCUCGAGGACUGGUGCCUGGAGGGGCUGUGGUGGUUCUUUCCGGCCCUCACCGAGGCCUCUACGGGAAGGUAGAAGGCCUCGAUCCUGACAAUGUUCGGGCCGUGGUUCGCCUGGCCGUGGGGAACCGCAUGGUGACUGUUAGUGAGUACUGCCUGCGGCCUGUUUCCCAGCAGGAGUUUGACAAGAACUGCUUGGAUCUCAGCCAGAUGAGCAAAACUUCCCCAGGGCAACAGAACGGAACAGCCUCGUCAUGGAAGGCCCUCCCGGAUCAGGACCUUUCCGGCCGGUGGGAGGACUCAGAGAGGAAGCGGAAACACCUUCCUGACCGACAGGAGGAGCCUGCAGCCAAGAGUGAGAAGGCCGGCCCCCGGAGCCAGCACUGGUUGCACAGGGACCUGCGUGUGCGCUUUGUGGACAGGCAGCACAAGGGCGGCCAGUAUUACAACACCAAGAUGACGAUUGAAGAUGUCCUCAGCCCAGAUACCUGUGUGUGUAGGACAGACGAAGGCCGGAUCCUGGAAGGCAUAAAGGAAGGCAUGCUGGAGACCCUGGUCCCCAAGGUCGAGGGCAACCGGGUGAUGGUGGUGCUGGGGCCACAGGCUGGAAGGGUGGGCCACCUGCUGGGCCGGGACACAGAACGGAGCCGGGCUCUGGUGCAGCUGCGGAGAGAGAAUCAGCUGGUGGAGCUUCACUAUGAUGCUGUCUGCCAGUAUGUGGGCCCCAGGGACUCUGAUGAAGACUGACCCGCGGCCCCACUCCCACCCCCACCCCACCAUCCCCGGCCUGCUGCCGGCUCUGUACAGUGUGAAAAGCCUGUCUUCGCAGAGGUGGGGAGGUCACCAUUCCACCGUCUGCUUGCACUGCAGCUCCAGGACAAGGACAGGGACAGGGCACGAGAUAGACGGACCAGAAGGGAGGCUCGAAACAAACUGAGUAUUUUCCAGAAGUUAGUGUGUAAUAAAAAUCAUUUCCCAAACUUAGUAGAAUGAUGAGGUCAUAAAUGUGUGCUGAGCUGAGUGGAAGUGGGAGCUGGGCUGACUGAGGUGGGAGCCAUUCCGGGCUUCAGCCCCACGGCCCUGUAGGGGCUGACAGGCAAGUCAAAGGAUCCACCUGCUCACGAGCUCAUUCUUGGAACACCGAAGCUAUGAAGUGUGUCCCUUGAGCAGAUACUACGGAGCCCGGAAUGCCGCAUCUCUGCACAACUUUCUGAGUGAGAAUCCCAGCAGUGGCUCUGCUUUUACUCUUGGCCCAGAUCAUAUCUCGCGCCAGUGACGAGAGUCCAGAGGAAAGGGAGGCUUCUACCCACAAAUAGGCUAUGUUUGUGCUACCUCCCAGAGCGGCCAGUUAAUUUUGGGGCCCCCAUUUUAGGCUCCAAACUUUGGCUUGAUGGUAAAAAAGUUUUGUGUGUCCCGGGUAGAAUUUCUCUCAUUCCUCCAGGUAAGUGGACUCUCAGAAAGGUUAUUGUCAGACAGUCCUUAGACUUUUUCCUAUUUAAUGGGCUGAGAUAGAAAAGCAGCAAGGGAAGCCAGAGCUUUAGGCACAAUUGCUUCUAAAUUAUCCCCAGUCACUAAGUUGUUGAUGUAAUAAAUGGUGUAUGAGCUAGAUCUAUACCCCCCAGUAUAAAUUCAUGACAUGUCAGAACAUGGCACAGCACUGGAGAAUUUUUUUUUAAAUAACUGAAUUAUCGCAUUGAAAUUCUUACAACUCUU